AUGCGUAGCAGAAGCAACUCAGGAGUUCGUUUGGACUAUUACCAACGAAUUGUCCAUAAAAUAAUCAUGAAUCACCAGAAUCCGGUGACAGGACUCUUUCCUGCCAGUCCCAACAAUGACCAUGCUUGGAUACGUGACAAUAUUUAUUGUAUUCUCGCCGUGUGGGGCCUGUCGAUGGCAUACAAAAAGAUAGCCGAUGCCGACGAGGACAGAGCCAAGACUUACGAACUUGAACAGAGCUGCGUCAAGCUGAUGAGAGGUCUGCUGAUGGCGAUGAUGCAGCAGAAGGAUAAAGUAGAAAAGUUCAAGUCUACUCAAAAUCCACACGAUGCCUUGCACGCAAAGUACAGUUCUGUCAAUUGCCAAACUGUAGUUGGGGAUACCGAAUGGGGACAUCUUCAAAUUGAUGCAAUUUCCCUGUACCUUCUAAUUCUGGCUCAGAUGACAGCUUCUGGUUUGCAAAUCAUUUUCAAUUUAGAUGAGGUGGCCUUCAUUCAGAAUUUGGUAUUUUACAUCGAGUCUGCUUACUGUACUCCAGACUAUGGGAUUUGGGAACGGGGGGAUAAGACUAAUCACGGCUUGCCGGAGUUAAACGCUAGCAGUAUCGGAAUGGCCAAGGCCGCGAUGGAAGCAAUGAACGAAUUGGAUCUGUUCGGUGCUAGGGGCGGGCCUACGUCGGUCAUUCAUGUUCUGGGCGACGAGGCGCAGAAGUGUCAAGCAGUGCUGCAAUCCAUGCUGCCUAGGGAAUCGAAUUCUAAGGAGUUGGACAGCGGCUUGUUGUCGAUCAUCAGUUUCCCCGCAUUCGCAGUGGACGAGCCUAAUUUCAUCCAUUUGACUAGGGAUGCUAUUAUCAGGAAAUUACAAGGUCGAUAUGGUUGUAAGAGGUUCUUGAGGGACGGGUACAGAACGCCCAAGGAAGACUUGAACAGACUCUACUACGAGCCCUGGGAACUCCGUAUGUUCGAGAACAUCGAGUGCGAAUGGCCGUUAUUCUUCUGUUACUUAAUAUUGGACUACUGUUUCCAAGGUAACAAGGAAGCAGCCGCGGUAUAUACGAAGCAACUGGAAGAGGUGAUGAUCAAAACCGAGGACGGUAUGAAAUUGGUGCCCGAGUUGUAUUCCGUCGCUUCCGAGGACGUGUCGGCGGAGUACGCCGAGCCCGGCAGCCAAAACCGAAUAGCCUUGGGCAGGUGUCCGUUUAUGUGGGCGCAGUCUCUCUACAUUCUCGGGAAAUUGUUACAGGAGGGAUUCCUGGCUGCCGGUGAGUUAGACCCGUUGAACAGGCGAUUGUGCAGCGAGAAAAAGCCGGACGUGGUGGUGCAGGUGGUCAUUUUAGCGGAAGAUACCGAAAUCAGGGAGAAAAUGGCGCAGCACGAUAUACACGUGCAAACGAUCGCGGAGGUCGCGCCGAUAGAAGUGCAGCCCGCGAAAGUUCUCAGUAAUCUCUAUACGUACUUGGGGCGCAAUAAGAAACUGGGCUUGUCCGGUCGUAAGUCGAGAGACGUGGGCAUUCUCAGCACUAGUAAAUUGUAUUCUUUACAUGACAAGAUAUUUGCGUUUACGCCGCAGUUGACAGACAUGACCCGCUUCUACAUCGCAUCGGACUAUGAGCUCAUGAUUGAUAUAUUCAAAGGCGAAAUUAAUUUCUUGAAGUCUAGUUGGCAGAACAUGUUGGGCCGGCCUCUCGUGGUCAUGCCCGUGAAGAACAUUCACCUAGAUCAAGGUAAGAUACCGUUAGCUAUGAUAACCACCAUGAAGAAGCUCAAGAGCGGCUAUAUUAAUGGCACCAGAGUGUCAUUGGGAAAUUUGAACGAUUUCUUGAAUACUUCGUGUAUCACGAAUCUCAGCUUCCUGGGAAGUUCCGAAGACGGUCGUCCUGACAAGCUAAAUCCUCAGGUUCAUCAAUACUUGGAGGAGCAUCUGAUGCGUGCGUUCCCUCAUCGUACAGGACUUCUCAACAAGCAAGGACCUACCCGUACGGGAAAGAACGUGCGGCGUAGGAUGUCUGUGAAAGGCGCGAUAAAGAAAACUCGAUCUAUAGCUGUCGAGCCAGAGAUUCUUGGAAUGGCAGGGGAAGACCGUAGGGCAUCAUUCGCUUUAAUCGCAAAUCCGUUUAUUGAAGUGACGGACACCACGUUGUCUCCCAGCGCUACCCAGCCGGUGAUGAUAGACCGCACACCAUCGCCGACAGAGGAGAUGCUGCCGUGGAAAAACUCCCCCAAAGUGCACAAUAGACAUAGAACAGUGUCUGAAACUCAGUACGCCGAGACAGAGGUGGAAGAAUUGCUGUCCAUGCUGCGUGAAACGGAAAGCCUCGAGGAACAAGGAGAUAUUCUGCAGUAUCUCGUGGAUUCGAAAGGGUUGUACUUCAACACCGGUGUACUCGAGGAAGGACAUCCCGUUCUGGUGAAGGACUUGCUGAAGAGUCUCUACGAGAAGGCCUGCCAGCAGAAAAUGUGGGGUAUCGUGCGACACAGCGCCGGUAUGUUGGGUAAACGGGUGGAGGACCUGGCGAAGGCCGUUACCGAUCUGCUGGUGCGCCAGAAGCAGGUGACCGUCGGCAUGCCGCCGACCAACGAGCACACGAUAGUCGCGCCUUUGCCGGAGAAUGAGCUGCGAGCUCUGAUCCAUCAGGCUUAUGGCGACGACGAAUCGACUGCUAUGUUGACGCAGGAGUUGCUUGUCUACCUGGCGAUGUUCAUCAGAACGGAGCCGCAACUAUUUCACGAGAUGCUGAGGCUGCGAGUCGGCCUGAUCAUCCAAGUCAUGGCGACGGAAUUGUCGCGCACGUUGAUCUGCACCGGCGAGGAGGCCUCCGAACACCUAUUGAAUCUGUCUCCGUUCGAAAUGAAGAAUUUGCUGCAUCACAUCAUGAGCGGAAAGGAAUUCGCCAUCAGCAGUGUUGGUCGUGGUAACUUCUCUGUCAUCAGCUGCAAAUCGAGCAAACUCAGCAAGAAAUCUCAGAUCGGCGGCUUCUUGAGCGCCGAUCAGACCGACGGUGCCGAAGCGGAAGCCGAUCGGCAAGGCCAGUGGUUGCGAAGACGACGACUGGACGGCGCGUUGAACAGAGUACCGAGAGAUUUCUACCCGCGUGUGUGGCAAGUACUCGAAAGGUGUCAAGGUUUGGCGAUCGAGGGAAGGGUGUUGCCUCAGAAUCUCACGCAGGAAAUGACGUCGGGUGAGCUGAAAUUCGCGUUAGCCGUCGAAACAGUUCUGAAUACUAUACCGCAGCCGGAGUAUCGUCAGCUCGUUGUCGAAGCGCUGAUGGUGUUAACGUUGGUCACCGAACACAACAUCGUGGCGUCUUUAGGCGGUCUGAUUGCAGUGGAACAUUUAGUGCAUAAGGCGAAUGCCAUUUUCUUGGAGGAUCAGAUGAUCGUCGACGGUGACGCGACGUUGUGUUGCGCGAAACCAAAAGAACAACGCGAAACGACAGCGAUGGGAACGCUAUUGUGCGGCGGAGCGGCGUACGUUUGCCAACACUUUUAUGAUAGCGCGCCCAGCGGUAGUUACGGAACGAUGACGUACAUUACGAGGGCCGUUGCCUCGAUGCUGCCCUGUCUGCCAAAGGAUGCCGACUUGGAGUGCUCCAUAUCGUAGUAAUUUUUGCGACGAACGAUUUUCUCGCAGUUAUAGUUAGGACAUAAAGAUUUGGGCGUUAUAGUAAUGUACAUUAUAUGUAGCGAUGAAAUUUGUUACGUUUGCGUUGCGAAAUCUCGGUUCUUCGGUGUGAAAUAAUCUUGUGAUUUCGCAACCAAACACUUGAAUUCCAAUUGAGAAGGAUAAAUCGAAUAAAUUCCAAUUGUAAAUUAUAAA